AUGAUUGUUUCAAAUCCACUUGAGCAUGGACUUCCAUAUGCUGCAAUUACUUUAAACAGUCAACUUCCAAAAUACUUCGAUAAAGUAUGGAAGCAAGCGAAUAUUCGCAUCUGUGUUGAUGGAGGAGCGAAUAAAAUUUGGGAUAUACAAGAUCAUGACAAGGAUCACGAUAUUCUUGCACCAGAUGCUGUUGUUGGAGAUAUCAAGACAAUAAGACCGGAAAUUAAGCACGAAUUCGAACUCGCAGGUACCCAAUUUGUAGAUCUUAAAAAUCAAAACUUUACAGAUGCAGAGAAAGCUAUUAACUUGCUUUCAGAGAUGAAAUGCAAGAACCCGAUCUUACUUUUAGGCGCUUUUGAUGGAAGAUUCGAUCAAACAGCUGCAGAAAUUCAUUCAGCAUUAUCACGUCCGGAUUUAUCCAUAAUUCUUGCUGAUGAUAGCAACUUUUCUAAUUGGAUCUUCCCAGGAAGAACAAAAAUUUUGACUCCUCAAAAAGUCACAACAAACGUUUGCGGACUACUCCCGCUAUUAAAACCAGUUUCUCUUAAGACUAAAGGCUUGAGAUGGAACUUAAACGGCCAAACUCUCGCAAUGGGCAAAUUCAUCAGCUCAAGUAACGAAGUAGCUGCAAAAGAAGUAACUAUCGAUACAAAAGUACCUAUUUUCUGGACAUUACAGGCUAAGAAAGUCAUUGAAAUUCAAAAGAAAGCUGCAAAAAAGUAA